UGGGAUGCAUCCUACUUUUAUCCUGGAGUUCACUUCUGUGGCUUGGAUUUAUCACAGUAGCUUUCGUCUUCGAUCUGAGUGUUGACUAAAGAUCAAGCAAAGACAUGAGGAGAUUUGUCUACUGCAAGGUGGUUCUAGCCACUUCUUUGAUGUGGGUCCUUGUGGAUGUCUUCUUACUCCUGUACUUCAGUGAGUGUAACAAAUGUGAUGACAAGAAGGAGAGAUCCCUGCUGCCUGCACUGAGGGCUGUUAUUUCAAGAAACCAAGAAGGGCCAGGAGAAAUGGGAAAGGCUGUGCUGAUUCCUAAAGAUGACCAAGAGAAAAUGAAAGAGCUGUUUAAAAUCAAUCAGUUUAACCUUAUGGCCAGUGAUUUGAUUGCUCUUAACCGAAGUCUGCCGGAUGUAAGAUUAGAAGGAUGCAAGACAAAAGUCUACCCAGAUGAACUUCCAAACACAAGUGUAGUCAUUGUGUUUCACAAUGAAGCUUGGAGCACUCUCCUGAGAACUGUGUACAGUGUUAUAAAUCGCUCCCCACAUUCCCUGCUCUCUGAGGUCAUCUUGGUCGAUGAUGCAAGUGAAAGAGAUUUUCUCAAAUUGACAUUGGAGAAUUACGUGAAAAAUUUAGAAGUGCCAGUAAAAAUCAUCAGGAUGGAAGAGCGCUCUGGGUUAAUACGUGCACGUCUUCGAGGAGCAGCUGCUUCCAAAGGGCAGGUCAUCACUUUUCUGGAUGCUCACUGUGAGUGUACACUAGGUUGGCUGGAGCCCUUGCUGGCAAGAAUAAAGGAAGACAGGAAAACAGUUGUGUGCCCUAUUAUUGAUGUGAUUAGUGAUGAUACCUUUGAAUAUAUGGCUGGGUCAGACAUGACUUAUGGAGGUUUUAACUGGAAACUGAAUUUCCGGUGGUAUCCGGUUCCACAAAGAGAAAUGGACAGGAGGAAAGGAGACAGAACAUUACCUGUCAGGACCCCUACUAUGGCUGGUGGCCUAUUUUCUAUUGAAAGAAACUACUUUGAAGAGAUAGGAACUUACGAUGCAGGAAUGGAUAUCUGGGGUGGAGAGAAUCUUGAAAUGUCUUUUAGGAUCUGGCAAUGUGGAGGCUCUUUGGAGAUUGUGACUUGCUCCCAUGUUGGACAUGUUUUUCGAAAGGCAACUCCAUAUACUUUUCCUGGAGGCACUGGUCAUGUGAUUAACAAGAAUAACAGGAGAUUGGCAGAAGUUUGGAUGGAUGAAUUUAAAGAUUUCUUCUAUAUCAUAUCUCCAGGUGUUGUCAAAGUGGAUUAUGGCGAUGUGUCAGUCAGGAAAAUGCUAAGAGAAAAUCUGCAGUGUAAGCCCUUUUCUUGGUACCUAGAAAACAUCUAUCCGGACUCCCAGAUCCCCAGGCGUUAUUACUCACUUGGUGAGAUAAGGAAUGUUGAAACCAAUCAAUGUUUAGACAACAUGGGCCGCAAGGAAAAUGAAAAAGUGGGAAUAUUCAACUGCCAUGGCAUGGGAGGAAAUCAGGUGUUUUCAUACACUGCUGACAAAGAAAUCCGAACUGAUGACUUGUGCUUGGAUGUCUCCAGGCUCAAUGGACCUGUGAUCAUGUUAAAAUGCCACCAUAUGAGAGGAAACCAGCUGUGGGACUAUGACGCUGAGUCCUGUCUCUCAGUAAGCCAAGCAGCAGAUGGCCCCCAGCAUGCCAUUGUGGAAACAUGUAAUGAUAGCAUUUUACAAAAAUGGCUACUAAGAAACUACACAAGGAUAGAAAUUUUUAGAAAUAUUUUUGGAAAUCUUACCAAUUACUUGCUCAAGUGAUAUUUUAGAAAGACUCACCUUGAGACAUGUUAACAGUAACCAGUGUCUUGACGAACCUUCUGAAGAAGACAAAAUGGUGCCCACCAUGCAGGACUGCAGCGGAAGCAGAUCCCAACAGUGGCUGCUGAGAAACAUGACUUUGGGGGCUUGAAGAUCCUUCCCCCCAGCCAUGGAGGUGUCUACAUUUUGUUUCUUCAUUGUUUUAGUUAGAGGAAGGUAUUAACUUUGCUGAAUUGAACAUUAAAAAAAUCCUUUUAGUACUCUAAAACACAGUUGUUUACAAUUCAUUUCUAGGAAUGUUUGAUUAUUUCCCUACUAAAAUUUGUAUCUGAUUGAAGAAGCACAUAAAAUAUAAAUAAUAGCAGAUGUUAUUAAACAUUGGAACAAUUUGAAAAACAAAUUGUGUUUGCUUUAAAAUAAUCUUUAUUGUCCUCACAUCACAGGGUUCUUGGGGAAUUAUUUUAUUUUUUGUUGUCAUAGAGAUUAAAAAGAGAAUGUAAUGCCUUAUUAAAUAACUUCAUUAUAAAAUAUUAUCAGUUACUUUAUAAAUUCACUGUUUCUACAGGAGUUUCAUGGAAACAAAUGUUGAAUUUUUAUGUCAAUAAUAUGACUAUAGAAUAAAUUAUUUAUUGGCAUUGAUUUCAUCAUUUAAAUAUUAGGCUCCAUAUUUUGUACCAAGAAAAACAAUUAAAUUGCUUAUUCAAUUCAUG